GUUGUCAUGGCGAUGGAGGAGAGCUCCGCGUCGGCUAGGAGCACUGUUACCAUGGAAAUCGCCGCAGCCGAGGAGCCGCUGCCUGCUGCCUCGUCCGUGCGGAAGCGCGGACAGCAGCGGCACCGCACCGGAGCGCCGCUUCCCGACCGGAACCACCGCGUGCUGAUAGUGAUAGGAGACAUCUCGGCCGCCCACCAUCUUGAGUCCGCCAAGAGGCAAAUCAAAGAGGGUUUGUCCUCGUGGGACGUCGACCCGGACGUCUGUGACCUGAGCAAGGAACUCGAGCUCUUUGAGACCGGCCACACGGCUCAGUUUUCUUCAAAGGUCAAAGGUCAGCGGAUCCUCCAGUACCAGAGUGAUGUCCUGGAGACCGUGGUGCUGGUGAACCCGUCAGAGGAGACCGCCGGCUCUGAGGUCCGCUCUCUGAUCACAGACCCGUCUGGUAACAAGCUGCUGGUUCUGAGCGGUCAGACUUCUGAGCAGGGAGGUGACGUGGUGCUGCAGGGAGGACUCUUCACCUGGAAACACGUUUGUGACAUUGUCUCCGAGCCUCAAGUGACUGAGCUCCUAUCCAGGGUGUUUUCUGAGCAGCGACCCAGGCUAACUAUCUCCUGCCAAGGCGACGGGGGCUGGAGCUCCCUGGGCCACAGUCAGGAGCAGCAGCCACUUCAGAGCCUUCUGGAAUAUAGUCUGAACCCCGACCUCGUGCUCCCCAACAUGGAGGGAGUCACAGAGUUCACAGAGUACGUCUCAGAGACGGUUGAUGUUCCAUCACCCUUCGAACUCCUGGAGCCUCCAAACUCCGGUGGAUUUCUGAAGCUGUCUAAACCCUGUUGCUACAUUUUCCCUGGUGGCAGGGGUGACUCUGCUCUUUUUGCCGUCAAUGGAUUCAACAUCCUGGUGGAUGGAGGGUCUGAGCGCAAGUCCUGCUUCUGGAAGCUGGUUCGACACCUGGACAGGAUUGACUCAGUCCUGCUCACCCAUAUUGGAGCGGACAACCUCCCUGGGAUCAACGGAUUGUUUCAGAGGAAGAUUGCUGAGCAAGAAGAAGAACAGUCACAGGGAAAAGGCUCCAGCACCUAUGGUGACUGGAUGAAGAAUCUGAUCUCACCUGAGCUUGGGGUUGUCUUCUUCAACGUCCCAGAGAAACUCCGGAUGCCAGAGUCUACCAUGAAAGUGAAGCGAAGCAUUGAAGAGGCUUCCCUCACACUGCAGUACCUCAACAAACUGGGCAUCAAACCAGAGCCUCUGUACAGGGUUGUCAGCAACACCAUAGAACCAAUCACACUUUUCCACAAACUUGGUGUUGGAAAGUUAGACAUGUAUGUUUUAAACCCUGUGAAGGAAAGCAAGGAAAUGCAGUUCCUAAUGCAGAAGUGGGCGGGAAACAGCAAGGCCAAGACAGGUAUUAUGAUGUCCAAUGGUAAAGAAGGGGAAAUAUCUGUUCCUUAUUUAACCUCAGUAACAGCCCUCAUUGUUUGGAUCCCUCACAGCCCCAAAGAGAGGAUUGUGCGGGUACUAUUUCCUGGAAACGCACCACAAAACAAAAUCUUUGAGGGCCUUGAGAAACUGAAACACUUGGACUUCCUGCGCUAUCCAGUGGCUACUCAGAAAGACAUAUCCUCUGGAGUCCAACCUCAGAUCAUCAAACAAACAAAAAUUAGAUCAAGAACAGACAGCAAAGAGAGUCUGAAAUCUUCACCCAAACAACACUCUAAAACAAGCAAGAAAGAGGCAGGAGGACAGGAAGAGGAGUCCAAGAGUGACCAGAGUAAAGAGAACAAAGUGGAAAAGAAAGAAGAGAAGAAAAUCAGAAGUGAAAGUGCAAAGGCCACCAAACAACAGAAGAACAGUGAGGUGGCUCCAGAGGCCAAAAGACUAGAGAAGAAAAAGGUGUCUAAGGAAAAAACUGUCAAAAAGGAAAAAAUAUCCAAGAUGGAUGAGAAGAAAGACAAGGAGAAGAAAGAAAUCAAGAAAGAGAAACGUGAGGUCAAGAAAGAAAAUAUCAUUAAAAAAGAAGAGAAAAAAGAAAAUAAAGCCAAAGAAGAUAAAAAGAAAGACCCGAACAAGCCGGAGUUGAGGAAAAUCACUAAACCAGAUCUCAAGCCCCUCACACCCGAGGUGAGGAAGACUCUGCACAAGGCCAAGACUCAGGCUAAACCCAAGACAGACAAAAAUAAAAUGGAGGAGAGGAAGUCAGUCCCAAGGAAGGCCCCCGAAGUGGCAGCAGCUGCCUUGGCGGACAGAUCCAUUGUUUCCUCCCCAGAAGACCUCACUGAAGACUUUGAGGCUUUAAAACAAUAUGAGCUCUCCAACCUUGGAGCAAAGUUCCUCCAGAAUGAUGUGAUAACUGUGCAUCCUGAUUUCAUGGAAACCGAACACCCCAUCACUGUCUGCUCAGACAAAAUCCCACCCCAGGAAAAUGAAGUUACUUCUCCACCUACAUCUCCAGUCAGUCACAGAGAAGACAAAAGAGACAAAGGUGCAUCAGAACAGUCUGCGGAUGUGGGAAUGAUUGAAGGAAGCGAAGGUUUUGACAGGAAGCAUGAAGAGGAAAAAAUGGAGAAAUAUGACAAAUACCCAACACAGGAUGACAUGAAAGACAGAUCAAAGAAGAGUGACAGCUCAGAGGAGGAGAGUGAUGUCAUAGAAAAGGCAGAACUCGAAGGAACAGAAGAUGACGAGGAGAUGAAACAUAAAACAGAGGAGGUGAAAAAGGAGAAAGCUUUUAAAGAGUGGGAUAGCAAACCAUUCCCAACCACAGCCCCAGCUGACCAGGCUGCAGCACCCUCUGCUUCUGAACAGUUCUCCUUCAUCCAAGAUGAGACCAUCCCUGGUUACUCUGAGACAGAGCAGACCAUCUCUGAUGAAGAGAUCCAUGAGGAGACGGAGGAGAGAAUCCCACAGCUGCGUUAUGACAUGGGUUCCUAUGAUGUGUCCGUCCCUGAUGUCCCCGGCACCUUUGACUCAAUGCAUGGAAUAAAGGAGAUGAAGACCAUUGUUGUGUCAGACAUGACAGAUGUUAAACCUAAAGCCUUCAUGGGAGGUCACGAUCCUGUACUUGGAGCCUACCCCACUAUCAUCGCCGCUCCUCUGGCUGAGGAGGAGCACAUCUCCUCAGCCACCUCUAUCACAGAGUAUGACAAAAUGUCUUCUUUUGCCACGUCUGUGGCAGAGGACCAGUCCAUAGCUUCAGUGACGGCCCCGCAGACGGAGGAGACAGGGAGGAGCUCUCUGUUCCUGGACACCAUAAACAGCAUCCCUUCCCGCACUGAGGCCACCCAUGGGAAGGAGUACCUCCACUCAGCAGGUACCAUCUCCCCUACCUCCUCUCUGGAGGAGGACCGCUGUUUCAAGUCUCCUCCAUCUGAGGAAUUCCAGCCCAUUGUUCCGGAGAUGGAUGCUGGUUCAAAGGUCAAACUGGUCCAUGAGGAAGAAGAUGAGGACGAGGAGGAUGAGGACCAGACUCCCAAUGUGGACAUUACUUUGGGUAAACUCCAAGAAGGCUACGAGUAUGCCACCUCCAUGAUGCUCCGGGGAAAAAAAUCUCCCACUGCCGCAGUCGCCUCUCCAUCAUCUCCCCCCACAAAGGCUGGUGUGGAAAAACAAAAUUUUGUUGAACCAGAUUCAAAGGCUGAUGCUGGAGUGAAGCCUCCUUUACCACCUCUCUCUUUUUCUAGCUCCUUCCAGGAAAGUGAGGAGAGAUGCCUAAGUCCAGAUGACAGCACUGUGAAACUUGCCUCACCCACCCAGUCGGUCCUCACCAGCAGCAGUUACUCCCCAACGGAAGAGAAGGCCUUUAAAACAGAGGAAAAAGAUGAUGCAGUGAGCCAACUGAGAGCAGAAAAAUCUAUCACUAUUUCAGACAAGAGCUCCUACGUUGGUGUGUCAUAUGACCAGACAACACUGGAAGGAUCUGGGGAGUCUGAUGAAGAUGAUGAGGCUGGAGAUGAUUAUUAUGUGAAAAAGGACCUAAAACCCACUGUAAAGGCAAAGCUUAUGGAGGAGAGGGAGGGGAGCUUCCUAGAUGAUGACUUCGCCUGUGUGGCAAAGUUGCCCAAAGAACCUGAAGGAAAGGGCCUCUUGGAGGAGGAGGAAGAGAUCAAAGCUAAAUAUCUUCAGGAAACACAGGUCCUCGGCAGCUCAGAGGAAAAGCCCAAACUCCAAGUGAUGUAUUCAGAUGAUGAAGAAGAGGAGGAAGAGGAAGAAAAUGACUUCCUGAGCAAGGAAGGAACCAGGCCCUCAUCAGACUUGAAAGAGCAAUUCAAAGAGAAAACAGAUCAAGUUGGAUUUAAAGAGCCUGAGAAAGGCGUUCAUUUCAGCCUCUACAAUUUCCCGGAGAGAGAGAGCAAAGAAAAGGGGUCAGAAAGAGACAUGAGGCAGGACACCCCCUAUGUGCACGGCAAAACAUUUUCUUAUAGUGACAUUUACGACAGCAAAAUGAGCUCGGUGGACUCAGAUUUUUAUCAGCAGGAGUCCUCAGACAAGAAAGAAAAGGGUGUUGCAAAGAGGGAUGUGGAUAUACCAAAAUACGACUCUCCCUCCCCGUCCGCAGCCACACAGAAGGGGUUUCAGGAGGAAUUUGAAGGCUCUCGUGGGAAAGAUUCCUCCCCUUCAGUGUGGAUUGAUCCCAAAAGUGCUCCUGCUGUGCCAUCUAUAGAAAAAGAUGAGAACGAAAAGGAGGCAAUUGACCACAGCAGAGAGAGCCGUUUCCCUUCAAUGGCAGACAGACCUGAGGCCUCCUCCGCUUCCAUAAUGGCAGAAAAAGACUCCUUCUCUUUUAAAGGCCAGACUGAAAUAUCUGACGCAGACAAACCCACCGUUGAGAGCUACCAUGAGAGAGGUGCAUCUUUGGAGGUUGAUAUGCGGAAACUAACAGCAAGGGAUGAGGAAGAUUAUGACGAUGAUGAAGUUGUUGAUGAUGAAGAAGAGGAGGAGGAGGAGGAGGGAGAUGCUGACGUUGAUUCGGAUAUCGAGAAAGGAGCCAAAGAGAAAUCUGAAAAAGAAGUGAGAAGUCCUGUGAGUGAAAUGGCUUCUACCAAACCCGAGUUCAUGAUUUCUAUGGCAGGUUAUGGUUACCACAGUCAGGGGAAGCCAAGUAACACUGAAAGCUGCGUGAGCACACUCACAAAGGCUGAGCAGGAGACAAAACCCACAGAUUUAGGAGCUACAGGCUUUUCUGGCCUUUCCACAGGAUUUGACUAUCCAUAUGUAAGUGAAGAGAAAGAUGAGUUUUCCCUAAAAUCACCAGGUGACAGAUAUUACCAGAAUGAUAGUGCUGAUUCUCAGUUUGAUAAACAGAAGACACCAGACCUCCUCAGUAACAAGCUGGACACAAGUUUCCAAUACACCACCACUGUUGCUCCUGCCUAUUCCUCCUCCUCAGCCUACAGUUACUCCUCCUCCACCUCUGGCUCUCUCUCCACCAGUCGCCAGUUUGGGGAGGAUGUGGAGACGCCUGCUACCGCUGAGCCUCUGUUUGAAUACUCCUCCUUCAAAGAUGAACACUCGUUGGUCAUGGAUUCUCCCUUCUCCAGCUCAGGAGGGGUGAAAGAUGAGUAUCUGGAAGUUACUGAGAAACAGAUCACCACUGCCACAACUUGUACCACUGCUGAGUCCACCUCCAGCUUAGCCCGCUUCUCACCCCUCAGCCCCUUUGAAGAGAUCAAGUCUUUUCCUUCUGUCACCUCCACUAUCUUGACUGGGGAAAAGAAGGAGCAGGUUGCCUUAGUAAGUGGAGUUCUAGACAAAGGCCGUCAGUCGGACUGCUUCUUUAAACCGGAGUGGUCAGAGGACUUAAAGCUGGGGACUGCCGCUGGGUUUGGGGCUACAACAGGACUUUUCUCUCAGCCCUCCAAGGAUGGCGAGUCAGCUAGCGCCGCUCUGUUUGGCAUCACCUCCUCACCACGGCCAAAUGUAGCAAGCAAGCAUUACUUUGAGGAGAGUGACAGCAGUGAGGAAGAGGAAGAGGAAGAUUACAUGCAUGAGAUGAUUCAGCGGUCUCCCUCCGCCAACUUGGCUGCUGGCCUCACCUUUACCGACAAACCCUCCACCCCUACCACCUCCAACAAGUCAGGUGGUGCUCUCCCAGACGUUCUUAGCUCUUCAACUCUCCAGUGUAGCAAACCAGAAGCAGCCAACGGCCCCAUGGAGGUCAGCACCGGCUCCCCUGUAACUUCAGCGGCCCCAGCAAAGGCUGAGCCAAGGGAGGUAUCUGCCUAUAGGAGCUCCUAUGAGUGGGAGGUGUCCAAGCCUCAGAUGGGUAUGGUUCCUGGAGACUCCCCUCCUCACUAUCGACAUGAAGAGGAGUUUGAGGAGGAGUGCGAGAUGGAGCCCGAGCGUCCCGCCCGCCCUCUCUCUCUCUCUUCCACUGACCAGAAAUUUCGUUCUCCGUUUUAUUGCAGCCAAGGAGUGAUAGAGGAUGAAGAGGAUGACAGCGACCAAGAUCUGGCUGCUGAGGGACACAUGGGUGCCACCUCGUCCUACACCAGCCACACCUCCCCCGGCUAUUCUUCCUCAGAGUACAAGCAACAGAAAGGUGAUCUCUCACCUUCUUUUAUCAACCCCUGCAUGCAACAGAUGUCCAGUGAUGAGGAGGAUGAGGAACAAGGACGCAGGAGCGACCAAUCGCAAGAGGGCAAUGAGCACGAUCUGUCUGUCAAGAGGAGGGCUCACAAACAGCCGCAUCAUCAUCAGUCGCACAGCAGCUCAUUGCAGCAGCCUGGAGGUAUGUCUGCAAGUCUGGGACUGGCGGCCGAGGAUACGCCGCCCACUUCCAUCAGUGAGUCUCUUGCCUCUCAGUCAGAUUCUGACAUGCCCCCAGGCACUGAGGAAUGCCCCUCUGUCACCGCAGACGCCAACAUGGACUCAGACUCAGAUGCCGAGUACAUGCCUGUAGAUAAAUCCUCUGCUAUGGGAGGAGGAAGUCUUCACGCUGCCUCCAGAGGGAGCCGUGAUCCUCCUCCCACCCCCUUUAUGGACCCCUUCCCUCACCCUCCUCACCCAGAUGUUUGCAUGGUGGACCCUGACACUCUGGACAACGACAGGGCCCCAGAGGGCUCAAUGAAGAAAGAGCCCAAAGCGCAAGGUCUGAAGAAAACUUCUGGGAAAACAAAGUCUGCAUCCCCGGCCAGGCGUAAGAGUUCUCCCAUGCAAGUCAAACAGACAUCCUCUCCUCGCAGUGCUGCACUGAAGAAGAAGGAGGCUGACAAGAGCUCCAGGAUGUCUCAUCUGUCUGAUGGACAAGGCUCCAGAGAUGACCUCUCCAGAUCUAGCUAUAACCCUGGCAAAGGAAUGAGCAACGGUGUCAAGAGCAGCUCAGGUUCCCAGAAAUCUGGCUCAGCAGUUGCAACGGGUUUCCCUAUUUACGUUGACUUGGCCUACAUUCCCAACCACUGUAGUGCAAAGAACGUUGACCAGGAGUUUUUCAAGCGGAUUCGCUCUGGUUACUAUGUGGUGAGCGGAAAUGACGCAGCAAGUGCGGAACCAAGCCGAGGAGUCCUGGACGCGUUGCUGGAGGGCAAAGCUCAAUGGGGCUCCAAUCUACAGGUGACAUUGAUCCCCACUCAUGACACAGAGGUUACCCGGGAAUGGUACCAGCAGACCCAUGAGAAGCAGCAGGAGCUCAACAUCAUGGUCUUGGCCUCCAGCAGCACCGUGGUCAUGCAGGAUGAGUCUUUUCCCGCCUGCAAGAUCGAAUUCUAG